UGCUUGAGCGCACCGAGCUACGCGCGUGUUCCCAUCGCUCCUAAUCAUGGCAUCAAGUAUUCCAAAGCCACGAGCAUCAAUGACAGCGGCUCAAGGAAUGUCCCCUGUAAUGAAAGUACCACUUGGUAGCCGAGUCCUGCUCUUCCGAAGACGCAACGGUACGGUGCGGUAUGUUGGAAAACUCGUAAACGAAUCGGGUGAGUGGUACGGUGUCGCACUGGACGAGCCCAAAGGCGAUUGUGAUGGCAUGAAGGGGAAAGAGCGAUACUUCCAAUGUCCAACAAAUCACGGCAUCUUUGUGCGGCGGAAAGAGAUCAACUACGUCAAAGAACCAGGCAACAUACUCAAGGGACCGCCUUCCCCCGUCUCUGAUGAUAGCAGCAGCAAUAGCAGCAAUGUGUCGGCGGAUCAGCAAGAAGCGAAUUCGAACAUCGUCCAUCCUGCUUCGACUAACACCGACCAUUCGACCUCGCCUACGAUGAGAACCUUUAAGGGUUUCCGAAAGCAGCUUGACUUUAUUUCUCUCAAGACGACAGGGUCAGGUCGCAGCAGGGAGUCGAGCCCACUCACGUCGCCAGUCUCAAGCUCACCGUCGUCUCCGACAGCGAGAUCCGGAUUGAAGCCUCCAUCGCCAUUCCGGCGGUUUUCAUCCUUCUCUCAGGUCGUUGUCAUCCAAGCCAUCUCCCGUUCGACGAGCUAA